UUUCCCGUUCUCGCUACUAGCAGUAGUAAUAGCACAGCGACCUAUCAAUCAUUGUCUGCACCUCAUGGCGGCUUCUGUUCGAGACGAGUUCUUAAAGCCCCACACGUCCCCGUUCCUCAACCCGCGCUACAUCCUCGCUUUCCUUCUCGGCGCUGCCUUCGCGGCGCUCUUUUCCGCAGCUCGCCUGUCUCCUCUAGGCCUCUCAAUCGCCGACUCAAUUCUCCCUCUCCCCGCCUACCCCUACCCCUACGACGAUAAUUCUUCCACUGGCGCCUCGCCGCGCCACGUGUGCUGGUGGUCCGGCCGCCACGGCGGCAACAUCGCCGACUCCCCCGACGCGCCGUGGCUGGUGGAGCGCGGGGAGGGGGAGGCGGAGCGGCGGGUGCCGGGGGGCGUGGUUGUGGUGGGGGAGGAGUGUGCGCGGUGCGUGGCGGGGCGGCUGUGCGCGUUCACAAUCGCGGUGCAGCGGCCGGCGCACUGGGACGUGCCGCGGUACUCGGCGUUCAAGGGCGAGCUGCUCGUCGCGCUGCACGGGCCUGCCACGCUGCAGGCGCGCGUCGCGCGCAUCGACAACGACGCGCGCCGCAUACUCGUGACAUACCGCGCUUGGGACGCGGGGGACUACGUUGUGGUGGUGCGGGACUCAUGCGGCACGCUCAACUACUCGGCGCAGCACCUGUCGCAGCGCACACACAACAUCGCCAACUGGACGCUGCAUGUGGCGUCCAACCCCCACACCGCCCUCCCUUCCGCCUCUCGUUCACCCUCUGCGGCUGCCCCAGCAGCGGGCGUGGGUGCGGGGGAGGCGAGCGGGGAUGUGGUGGGGCAGGGCGUGGUGGCGCAGAACAGCGGCGGAGAGCGCAUGGGGGGGGAAGAGAGCAUGGCGGAGUGGUGGGCGACACCGUGCAGCCAGGGGGACAGCGGCAGGUGGCUGUGGCAGGACGACCACUACAGGUGGGUGCCCUACCCGUGCGCGCCCCCCAUCCCGCCGCCCUCGCAGUGGGCGUCGGCACUGCUAGCGCGUGGGUUCCGCGAGGUGAGCUUUGUGGGCGACAGCCACCAGCGCUUCCUCUUCCUGCACCUGCUCUUCCUGCUCUCCGGCCAUGUCAACGCGUCGCUCGUGAAGAGCCACCGCGAGAUGAGCUACCUGGUGGGGCGCGCAGGCCAGGUGCGCAUGCUGCAGGGCGGGCCGGAGGAGCAGGUGGGCGAGGAGGAGCGGUUGAGCAUGCCGCUGAAGCUCAACUUCUACUGGGUGGACGGCAUCUACGAGAACGACCACUACGGCUGCACCAACCGUGGGCGCUUCUCAGGCCGGGACAGCAGCUUCCCCAGCAUCUCCACAACGGCUGACGUCACCAUCUUCAACGGUGGCUUCUGGACGGCGGCCUUCUGCCAGCACGCGGAGCGCGCCCUGGGUGUGUACCUCCCGGCGUACCUGGAGUGGGCCUUCUUCCAGCUCGAGCACACGCAGAACCAGCGCAGCAAGUGGCGCGCGCAGAGGAAGCAGGAGAGGGAGGCCAACGGGGGGAAGGCGGAAGGGGAAGGGGAGGAGGAGGCGGACAGCGGGGGCCCGUGGCUGGUAUACCGCAGCAUUCCGCCUCUGCGCACGCAGUACCGGUGCAUGCAGGGCACGAACGCGCAGGUGAUGCACAUGAACGACGUGGUGCAGGGGCAGCUGGAGCGGUACGGCGUGGCGUGGCUCAACAUGUGGCCCGUGGAGCUGCCGCGCUUCACCGACACGUGCAGCGGGGACGACCCGCACUUCACGUGCUUCACACCCGGCAACAACCCCCACGGUGAUGGGGUGCUCUCAGGGCCCGUUGGGGAGGCUGCUGCGUACAGGACUGUGCAGUAUAUUCUGAACGAGCUUAGCUAGUGCAUCCAGAUGGAGCAGUGUGCAGGGCUGCUUCUCGUUCCUGGUGGUCUUGUCUAGAAUUGCACUCCACGAUGUCAAUAGUUAUGUGUACAUCGAAGCAAGUGUACAGUAUUUUACAGCAUGAGUUCGAUCAGAUGCUACAACACCCUAUCCGAGCUUUCCUUGCAUUUGGCGUGCAGAGCUUGAUGUUACCGGU